AUGUUAGGUAAUUCUGCUGCAUUAAUUUGUAUUACUAUUGCCUACGUUUUUUCAAUUUUAGCUUUCAAUGUAACAGGUAUGAUGAUUACUGAUUAUGUUAAUGCUAUGGUUAGAAAUGUUAUGGAACCAAUGAGAAUGAUCACUAUUUGGAUAUGUUCAGUGUUCUUGUAUUAUGUUGUUGAUCCAGAUAUUGGAGAGAAAGUUGGAUGGUUUACAUUUAUUGAAGUAUUUGGAUUUAUAUUCCUUACAGGAGGUUUCUUAUUGUAUACAAGAGUUAUUAAGAUACCUAAAUUAUUUAAAUAUCCUUCAAAUGAAGAAAUUAGUAUUGAAGAGAAAAAAGAAGAAGAAAAAGAGCCAUUAUUAUAUUCAAAUUAA